AGAAACUGUUGCUGAUAAAAUAUUCGCUUAUUUUUUUUAACAAAAAAUGCGUUCUAAAUGCAACGAAAAUAAAAGAAAAAUAACUUGACAGUGCUAUGAAUCCUUUAAAUAUUGCAGAAUGGUCACCAGACCAAGUGGCGGAAUGGAUGUCGGGUUUGGGGCCUAUGGUCGCUCAGUAUGCGCCAGAGCUGUUAAGCAGAGGUGUAAAUGGAACUAAACUGUUGACGCUACGAUGUGACGAUCUUGAAUAUCUUGGUAUCAGGAUCAUUGGCCAUCAGGAGCUGCUGCUAGAGGCUGUGGAGCAUUUGCGAAACUUUCACUAUGAGAUAUCCCGCGAGUGCGUCCAGCAGCUGGCCCUGCGCGUGUCGGCGGCGGCCGCGUCGCUGGCCCGCGCGCUGCGGCAGCACGCCGACGCGCGGCUCGAGACGCACUCGCUGGCGGACGUGGCGCGCACCGUGCACGCCGUCAAGCCGCUCGUGUGCUGGCUCGACAGAUGGCCGCUAUGUUCCGGCGCGCCGUUAGCCGAGCGCAAAGCAGCGCUGCUCAAACUGUCACUAGAAGCAGCUACAUGUGCGCAGCGAGACCGGUUCGCGGAGCAGCCGGCACGGGCUGUGGCCGCGGCUGCUGCUGCUGCUGCGGCUACUGCUGAUUAUAUUAUACAGGACGUGUCCGACCCAAUGAUCCUGCAGCCCGCGUGGGUGGACACAGUAUCCCUGAAGCAGAACGGUCGAGCGCUGGGCUUCCAGGUGGUGCCGUCGUUCUGCGGACACCACCAGCUCGCACACAUACGGUUCGGUUCUCCUGCACAUGCUUCCGGACACGUGCAUGAGGGGGAUGAGAUUGUGCAGGUGGGCAACACCUGCGUGAUAGGUUGGAGCGGUGACGCAGUGGAGCGUGUGUGCGCGUCCGCCGGCGCUGAGCUGGUGCUGCGGUUGCGGCGACGCGGGGCCAGGGCUUUGCCCACACCGCCGCUGCACGCACGUGCGCCCAGGCGGGCGGCCAGGUUGCGACUGCCGCCGUUACAUGCGCAUCGGCUGCACAGAUACGAGCUAGAAUUCCCAAUUUCCGAAGCCCCACCGGUAGCAGCAGCACGUGAGCCGGAGCCCGAGUCGGAUGAUAGUGAGCCUCUAUCACCUCCCGCUUCGCCCACACAACUGCAUCUUGAUAGAGCACGCAUGUACCCGCCAAAGCCGCAGACCGUAGUACAACGUCGGCACACGAUCAGCUGCGGCAGUCCUGUGUCCAAACGACCGCAUUUGAGUAUAGAGCAGUUCUGGCAAGAGCUACAACAGCAGAGAUGGGAACAUGGCACACAUGAUCCUGACGAUUCUACGCUAUACAGGCGUGAUAAGGCGGUAUCGUGCAGCACGGGGCUGCAGCUGUCCCCCCGCCCCCGCACGUGCCUGGGCGUCCCCCGCCUGCCCUCCCCCUCCCCCUGCCCCUCGCCCUCGCCCCGCGGCAAGCUCGACAAGAGCCACUCCACCCCCGCGUACGACCUCGACCCCUCCCCCCUAGAGACCACCCCCCUCGCACCCCUCGUGGACAACCCCAUACCGGAGUCACCCACCACCCCCACUGUGAGACACAAGGGUGAACAAGAUGCUAAUAAUAGUGAUAGAGACGUUGAAACUAAUGAAAAUGGUGAAGAUGAUGAAAAUACGAAAAUAGCAGCUCAAGAGGCUGAACUUGAAGCAACUAAAGAUGAACAAGAUGAACAAGAUGCUCCCCAAGACUUAUCGCAAGAAGUAUCUCAAGAUGUGUCUCAAGAAAUAUCGCAAGAUGAUGAUAUAAAGCAUAUAGAUGAUGAUGCGAAGUCCUUGGAUGAUACGCCGAUACCAGUGUUGGAGACGUUGAAUACGGUGCUGACGGACAGGUUAGGACAAGAGGAGAGGGUUAAAUUCCCAAAACCGCGCAUCACAGAGCGCUGGAAAGUAUCCGACGUACCUCCGGAACCUCCCCCACGCCCCCCCACCACUCGCCUCCCUCCCCCUCCCCCACGAGACCACUACCCUCCAUACAUCCCUCCACGCGAACCAACCCUACCACCCCGAGAGAAAAACACAAAACCAAAAGAGUCAAUGUCCCCCCGGGAUUUGAAAACUUCCCCGCACAGGGAUAUAUUCGAACGGGACUCGAAAGUUCGAGAUUCGAAGAUUCGAGAUUCGAAAGUUCGAGAUAUGAAUAUCCGCGACUUGAGUCGGUCGCCGAGCAGGGAGUGUAGAGAGACGUGGGAGCCCUUGGGGGAUGGGCCGGUUUCUCCCCUAAGGGAGUGUCCAGCCCCGCACUACCCCGUGCUGAGGAUGAUCCCGCGACCCGCGGAGUGCAGGGAUGCCAGUCCAUUGAAACCACUGCGCCCGGGGGAUGCUGCGCAGAUAUCAGUACCACUGCGUCACAUAACGAAACACGACAUCAAACUAAUAUCCAACGAGCGCAGAGAGAUGCCCCCAAUCAAUGGAGAACCGGACCCCGUACCAAGCAACCGACGUGACGACACGACAUCACGACGGGACGACACUCUGGGUAGAAGGGACGAUACGAGAGAGAGGCGGGAGGAUAACAUGGUGGGGAGGCGGGAUGGGGACAUAGUGAUGGGCUCAGCUAGUGACGCGUCGUUGGAUAUGCACUCGCCCAAAACAGCACUAUCGCCCUCCGCUAGUGUUGUGCGAGGGAUCUUCCCGUCGUCUAAGUCGAGGAGUUUGAAGAAAAAGAACUCGAUUUUGGCGAAGCGUCGGUCAGUGAGCGCACGCGGGCUGUGCGCGCGCGGCGCGGGCGGCUGGGUGUGGCAGCGCGUGCGGGCCCGACACCAGCAGCAGCCGCGCUGGGCGCACCGCUACCUGCUGCUCACGCACAACCUGCUCUACGCCUACCGCUCGCCCGACAGCUCCCGCGCGGACUGCAUGAUAUACCUCGAGGGUUGCACAGUGUGUGCGGCCGGGGAAGUGAAGUCCCGAGCACACGCGUUCAAAGUGUACCACACGGGCACCGCUGUGUACUUUGCGGCGGCUUCAAGGGAUGCCAUGUUGGCGUGGAUACAGCUCGUGCAUAGGGCUACGUUGCUGCCGUCCAGCUUGCCGCAGAAUACGGACUUCAAACAGUUCUCAGAAACAGAUUACUCAGAUACAGAAUCCGAUACAGAAAGUUCGGAAAGAAGGGAGAAAGACAGGGAAAAGGAGAAAGAGAAAGAGAAGGACAAGUCCAAGUUUGGCUCUUUGAAGAAACUAACUCAACGAAGUGGUCGGAGUGAAAGUCAGGAGAACGUCAGUCAACCAGCGUCGAGUUUAGAUAGAAAAUAUUUACGAUUCUUUUCAAGGGCUAAAGCAAAAGACGACACUAAAAAUACUAAGAGCAAGCAAGCCACCCCCACCCCCACAGAGCAGUACCGCAGCUACCGUCGCGCGCCCCCCUCCCCCUCGCCCCCUUCACCGUCCCCUCCCUCCCCCCCUCCCCCUCGAACCAAGCCAUCCCCGAUCAACUACAUACACGCAUCGAACCCGAAUCUCCUCGACUUUGAGAAGAGCGACUUUGUGGCGAGACCGACGAUACAGCCAAGGCCGAAACAUAAGCCGGAGAAGUUGGUCGGAUUUGUGACGCUAGAGGAGUUCAUGCUGAAGAAGCAGGAGGAGGAGCGGCGGCAGGUAUAUUCAGAACGAGUAUUACUUGGUGUAACCGAACGUCGCGAACUUCAACGGCGUCUCGACCGCAUAGUGCCAGAUGUGAUAUACGGCGAACUGGACCCACAGCAUGGCCAUUCGCAUGCACAGCAUGGUCAGCAUGGACAUGGUCAGCAUGGACAUGGACAGCAUGGACAUGGACAGCAUGGACAUGGACAGCAUGGGCAUGGACGCCCGCAUAGUCCACACCAACCGCACUCGAGGCCUGCUGGCGAUGGAUAUGAAAAAAUCGUAUUUCCCGAUGAGCGAACGGACAAUAACCGACAAGAAUCCUUUAGAAAAAAGGAAAAGGUACAUUUAACUGCAUCGACAAAUUCUGGACAAACACAAUCUACGACUGAAAGUACGGGUGGAGCGAGUGUGUCUCGUCUAAGGCUUAUGUUUGGAGGAAGACAGCAGGCUGGUGAAGAGCCCCGUACAGGCCAGUACCCGCACCUGCAGUGCCCGCCCACCUUCCAACCAGAAAGUUAUUCUUUAGCACGCCUCGCGCCGAGGCAACCCUGAGGCAUACACCACACUUCGGUGCUAGGAAGAAGAAGUGCACGGAGAAGGAAAAUUAAGGACAAACAAAAAAUAUUAAUAAUAAUGAUCGAUAUUAACGAAUUUACUCAUUAACAUUAACAGCUAAACAUAUAUCGUUGACUAUUUGU